AUGAAAAAAGCAAUUCCCAUAACUUAUUAUAUAUUGUUUGCCUUUUUAUUGAUUUUUUAAGCUAUAAAAUAGUAAUAAAGAUAUAUAGAUAGAAAAAUAAAUUCAAAUAUUGAAAGAGACAUACAUACUUUAAACAAAAAAAGAGAUUUCACAAAGCACCUUAAGUCUUAACUCUCAGGGUUAUAUUAUUUUUUAUAUGAUUUUUUACAACUUUCGAAUGUUAAAAUUCAACUUAAGUUAAGCUGCUUCAUCAACUCCACCUUCACAAAUUUUUUAAAUGUUAUUAAUUCACCUAUAGAUAAAAUACCUAAUUAUUAAGGUUAAGGAAGUUAAUAUUUUAAUUACGAUUGUAAUUAUAGCUCUAAUCGUACUACAAAAGAAACAUUUUCAAAUUUUGCUACUACAUAUAGAAUUUUAAUAGAGUUUUCCUCCUUACACCCUUACAUUUAAAUAAGAGAAAAAAAAUAGAUUCCUUAAAUUUACUCAAUUAUAAAAAUCAUUUUGAUUUGCUAUAGAGUAAUGAAUUAAUCUUGA